AUGUCGACUACAUCUUCAUCUCAUCGAAUUGUUAAACCUAAACCUAUUCGAUAUAAUCCAUUGCCUAUUCAAGUUGAUUUAAAAACUUGUGAUUAUGCAACUUUACUUCGUGUUGCAAAAAUUUCAAAUACAAAUAAAAUUGAUCGUUCAUCAAUACAAACAAAUUCAUCAGAUAAUAUAUCUCAUGAUAAAAAACGUACACGUAUACUUUUUACAUCAUGGCAAGUUGCUGAAUUAGAACGUUUAUUUGCUGAACAAAAAUAUGUUUCAGCACAAGAACGUUCAGUUAUAUCAAUGCGUAUUGGUUUAUCACCAACACAAAUUAAAAUAUGGUUUCAAAAUCGUCGUUAUAAAUCAAAAAAAACAACAACAUUAUUUUUACAUACAACAUAA